CUUUUUGUUAUCCGAACUUCAAUUUUUUUUUUUUUUUUAAGUACAAUCAACAUCAAAAUUUGAACCAUGAUUUUUUAUAAUUAGCGCAUACUUUAUUUAGUUUUUUUAGUAUAAUAAAAAGAGUGAGACAAUUCGAACCAUAACCUCUUAUGCAUUCUAUCAUUUUUAAGUGAUGCAAAAUUUUUUUUAAUAUAUCGAUGAUUUGAUACUCUUUUUUUUUUUCUUUUUCUUUCUUCUUCUUCUUCUUUUUUUUUUUUUUUUGUAAGUUCAAACAAAGUUUCAUUUGAGAAUGACGUUUCCACAAAUAAUCUAAAGGAGGACACGAAAAAAUGAAUGAAUCCUCUUCAAAUAUAUCAAAUCAAUGUGCAAAAACAGAGAGAACCAACAAACUAUCCAAUCUUCAAGAGCUAAAGUUGAGAGAUUCCAGAUGGAAAUUGCAAUAUCAAUGUGGCUUCUGUUGAGUUCUUUUGCACUCCUUGUUCAAGCACAAGAUCAACCAGGCUUUGUUAGUCUAGAUUGUGGUCUACCAGCAAAUUCAUCAGGCUACAUCAAUCCAAAGACAAAUAUUAAGUAUAUAUCAGAUGCAAGCUAUAUAAAAACAGGGGAAACUAGAAGCGUAGCACCUGAGUUCAAGAACUAUGAACAACCAUUCUGGACUGUAAGAAGUUUUCCUCAAGAUAAUAGAAACUGUUACAAUAAAAGUGCCAUUAAAGGUACCACGUAUUUGAUUCGGGCAAUUUUUUUAUACGGUAAUUACGAUGGGCUCAAUAAAACUCCACAAUUUGACCUGUAUUUGGGCAAUACUCGAUGGACAACAGUAGAUGAUAGCUACUACUACACAGAAAUGGUGCACACACCUACAAAAGAUAAAUUCCCAAUCUGUCUUAUCAACAUUGGCUUAGGAAUACCAUUCAUCUCAAUAUUAGAGUUUAGAGAACUUCCUGAUCUCACAUACUAUUCUCUAUCAAAUUCCUUGCGCCUUCAUCAUCGGUACGAUAUGGGGUCAAUCACAAAUUACAGGUUUCCAGAUGAUGUAUAUGAUCGAGUGUGGGAAACGUAUGAAGAUGAUAAUUAUGCACAACUAAGUACCAUGGAUUCUGUAGCUACUGCUAACUAUGAGUAUACACCAGAGAUCGUCAUGAAAACUGCUGCAACUUCAAAGAAUGGGACCAAGGACCUUAAUUUCUCAUGGGACUCGAGAAAUGCAAGUGAUAGAUUUUAUGCAUAUUUGCACUUUGCUGAACUUGAGAAGCUUCAAGGAAACAAAUUCAGAGGAUUUAAUAUCACUUAUAAUGGAUAUAAUAGGGGUGGACCUAUUAUUCCUAGAUAUUUAAGCACAACAACAUCUUUUCUAAUCCUAUCAUCUCUAUCAGAAUCAAGACAUGAAUUAUCACUCUUCCCAAUACAAAAUUCAACUCUUCCUCCCAUCAUCAAUGCUUUAGAAAUUUAUACUGAGAUGCUGAUCUCAGAACAAGAAUCAUACAAUGGAGAUGUGGAUGCAAUCAGUAAUGUUCAGUCAACUUAUGGAGUAAUAAAAAAUUGGGAAGGAGACCCAUGUCUGCCAAGUGGAUAUCCAUGGAGAGGUUUGAGUUGCAGCUCUGAUCCAAUUCCUAGAAUCACAUCACUGAACUUGUCUUCAAGCGAAUUGAAGGGUGAGAUAUCUCCGUACAUAAUCAGUCUACCUAUGUUACAAACAUUGGAUUUGUCAAGCAAUUACUUGACAGGAGAAGUACCUGAAUUUCUGUCCAAGUUGGAACACCUCAAAAUCCUAAACUUAGAGAAUAACAAUCUCACAGGCUCUCUUCCACCUGAGCUCAUCAAAAAACAGAAGAGCCGUUCACUUACAUUAAGUAUACAAGGCAAUCCAAAUUUAUGUACCUCAGAGCCAUGCACAAAUAUGACACCUGAGAGGAAGAAAAGCAACAACAUAAUCAUUCCAGCAGUAGCAUCAGUGGGUGGAUUGCUUGCAUUCCUCAUAAUUGCAGUGAUUAUCUAUUGGAUUGUUAAAUCAAAUAAGAAACAACAAGCUUUGAUAGUGGGUCCUACAAAGACCUACACCCAAUUAGGCACUUCCUUGGAGACAAGGAGACAGCAGUUUACUUAUACAGAAGUUGUGAGGAUGACCAACAAUUUUGAGAGGGUUCUUGGUAAGGGAGGUUUUGGAAUGGUUUACUAUGGAGUGCAAGAUGACACUCAAGUGGCUGUGAAGAUGAUUUCUCCAUCAGCAGUACAAGGCUACAGUCAGUUUCAAGCAGAGGUUACAAUUCUUAUGAGAGUUCACCACAGAAACUUAACAAGCCUUGUAGGGUAUAUGAAUGAUGAAGGUCACCUUGGCCUCAUUUAUGAGUACAUGGCCAAUGGAAACCUGGCUGAGCAUCUUUCUGAGAAAAGCACAAGUAUCUUAAGCUGGGAAGACAGACUUCGGAUUGCAAUAGAUGCAGCUCAAGGGCUGGAGUAUCUGCAUCAUGGUUGUAAGCCACCAAUAGUCCACAGGGAUGUGAAAACAACAAACAUCUUAUUGACAGAAAAAUUCAACGCCAAACUUUCUUAUUUUGGUCUUUCAAAGACUUACCCUACAGAUGACAAGUCCUACAUGAGCACAAUUAUUGUUGGCACUCCGGGUUACCUUGAUCCAGAGUACUAUACAUCAAACAGGCUAACUGAAAAAAGCGAUGUGUAUGGGUUUGGAGUUUCCUUGAUGGAAGUAAUUAGUUGCAGACCAGUAAUUUCAAACAUCCAAGACCCAGAAACAAAUUACAUAGCCAAAUGGCUGCGCACCAUGGUUGCUCAGGGAGAUAUCAAGAAUAUAGUUGACCCAAGAUUAAAAGGAGCAUAUAAAAGUAACUCUGUUUGGAAAGCUGUGAGAGUAGCCUUGUCUUGCGUAUCAGUAGACUCCAGUGAGAGACCAACGAUGAAUCAAGUAGUGAUAGAGCUGAAGGAUUGCUUAGCCAUGGAGUUGAAUCAAAGAUCAGAAAGGCGUCCACUAGAAUUGAGACACACUGAAAUGACGUCCAUAACUAUAAUCGUGAAUGCCACUCAUGCCAGUCCCAUGCCAAGGUGAAGAAAUUC